AUGAUUAGCGAGUCCGCUCAGAAAGACAAUUCCAAGGAACUUUCGCCACCUCCGCUUGAAAUUAAAAAACGGGAUCGCCAUCCAGCACAGCCAUGGGAUGAAAUUGCAGCGAAGUUACUACACGAAAAAACUAUUUUAACUGCCUUAGAGCUUCACACAGAACUCACAGAAGCAGGAUGUGAACUACCCAGAUUGCGGGAUUACUUUUCCAAUCCUGCCAAUUUCGAACAAUAUGCAUCGAGAAGUUUUUCCGAAUUACAUUCAGGAGGUCUGCAUGGCAACUCGCUCUUGCCACGAUCAUCCAGCCAGACUACCCUGGAUUCAUUGGACUGGGGUCACCUUAGUGAAGAUGGUGAAAGGGCAGUGGAUGAACGAGUGGCUGUUUUAGAAUUUGAACUUCGAAAAGCUCGGGAGACAAUUCAGGGUUUAAGAGCAAACUUAACGCAGGCCACAGAAGCAAAACCAAUAUCAUCUGAAAAGGAAGAAGCUGAUGAAAAGGUUUUUGUGGCUGCUCUGUCAUCCAUCCGACCCCAUGAAAAGAGAACGCUUAACUUUCUUAUAAAUGAAUAUUUGGUUACCAAUUCUUACAAGUUGACAGCAAUUACAUUUGCUGAUGAAAAUGAUGAUCAGGAUUUUGAACAUUGGGAUGAUGUUGGAUUAAACAUUAGUCGUCCCCCAAACCUUGUUCAGAUGUUGAGAGAAUGUGGACACAACAUAGCUCAGCAUACAUCAUGUGCUUGUCAAACUGAUGAUGUAAGAUCCCAGGAAGAAGGAAAUGAACUUAAACUCCAGUUACUGGAAAAAGAAUUGGAAGAAUUAAAGCAAGCUUAUGCAGCUCAGGAAAGAGAACUGAAGAAUCUGAAGAGGAAAUCAUCAACUCCCAGAGUAACUCCUCUGCAGUCUCCACAGAAGCAGAUCGAAAAUGUUAGAUAUAGUGAUGAAAAAUUAAAUCCAGUAAUUAUCGAUGGUGUUGGCCGAGAAUCACCUGAGGGAACAUCUGAUAAUGAAGAAACAUCUGGAGGUGGUGGUUUUGUGAUAGUGGCAGCAUCAUCUGCUUCCAUACCAGCAACAAGAGGAAGUUUGUCACAAGUGACAGAGUUGGCAGACAUAAGGAACAUUGAGUCUAUACAAGAUGAAUCUCAUAAUGACAUAUUAGAAUCUGAAGUAGCUCCUCUAAGUAGAUAUGGAGAUCCUGCAGAUUCCAUUGAGGACUUGAUACAAACAAGUAUUGAGAGUACUACACAGGAUGCUAUAAAUGAACGACUGUGUGAGGCAAUUGACAGUAAAGAUACUUCUGAGAAGGAAGCAGAAAAUUCUCCCAGUGAAAGCUUACAAGAAACCCUCUCAGUGACUGAUAUGAUAUCUCCUGCUGAUGAUGGACAAGAAGUAUCACCAAAAGAGGAUUACUAUGUUUCUCAGACCCCAGACCUCCAGGAAAUAGAAAAGAGUACAGAUGCAUACCUGGCCCAGUUGAGAUUAGAAGCAAAGAAGUUGCUGAGAGUGUCUACAAAGAGACAACCACCAGAGUCCUAUGAAGAGCACUUACUGCAGGCUACAUUAACACAUACCAUGCAUAAGAAAUCUAGAGUGCAAGCAGAAGUUGCAACACUUGGACAAGGAGGAAAAGAUCUUCUAGAUGUGGUGGCAUCCUCUCUGCACAACAUUGCUCCUAAUGUCAUCCUUGCUAAACGAGAGGAGUUGUUGCCACUUCUUAUAUAUGGUGUGAGUUUGCACAAAGAUAGCAAAGAAAGGGAAAGACUUCUUCAUCUACUCUUCAAUCUAAUCAAGCGACCAGAUGAAGACCAAAGAAAUGCCAUCCUGACAGGUUUAGUCGGUCUUGCUCGUGUGCGAAGCACAAAACUUGAGGAAGAACAACUUCUCCCUCAGUGUUGGGAGCAACUGACUCACAAGUAUGUUGAGCGUCGUCUGUUAGUAGCUCAGUCCACUGCUGCUCUGUCUCCCUAUACACCUGCAUCACUGCGCAAUUCACUCUUGCUGUCCAUGUUACUGCAGUUACUUGGCCCAGGAGGAGAGAAAGAGAUGAUUGUACGUGAAGCUGCAUUAGCAAGCUUAAGUCUGUUAAUCACCUAUCUAGAUGAUGAUGCAAAAAUCCCUGUACUUGUGGAAACCUUAUUAUAUUGCUUAGAGAAUCUCAGUGUAAAUUCUGACGUUUCUCUUUCCUCUGUAGAAGUGUCAUACAUGACAAAAUCUCCUAUGUGUUCACUUGGAACAAAUUUAUAUAUAUCUUCUCUGGCUGUGUGGACUCUUGAAACAAAUUCUCUAAAUAUUUUAUUAAAUCCCUUAUUAGUGAAAUUAAGUCAACAAGCAUCUCAUAUGCAACAGAUAAGUGAAUCUCAAAACUCCCAAGGUCAUAUGCAUCAUUCUAUAGUAGUUUUGAUAGAAGCAAUUACAAAGACUGUUCCUUACAUUGUGGCUAACUUGAUUAAUACGAUGCCUAGUGUUGAGGACCAAGAUUGUCAAGUGUCUGUGUUACCAGUGACUGUAAGUGCCUUGCAUGAGCUUGAAACUAUAUAUGGUUGUAAAUCUAAAGCAGAAACGGGGCUCCUAAAACUGUAUCAGUAUCUUUCCAAAGAAUGGUUCAAGUCGUGGGAUGAGUUUGAAUAUAUCACAAAGAGUUUUAUUCCAGAUCUUAUUGAUGUUUUAUGCCUGCUUGAUGCUUCAGCAGAACUAGUCAUUCAAUCAUUUAUUAAGUUGUUCACAAAACUUAAUAUGUGUUUGGGUCCCCAUGUAGUAGUCUCGAGUAUUGCCCCCAUAUUUUUAAAACAUUUAAGUGUUGAAGAUGAUAACUUAGAGCUAGUGAGGGAAGGUAAAACUGGACUCACAGGCUCUUUAGUAGUGGUGUAUACAGUUGCAAUAUUGGCUUCUUCCUGUGGUGGUGCUGAAAGACAGGCUGAGUUGGAGGGCUUCCUUGCCAGGCAGAUCAGUAUUCUUGCUCUUUGCCGGGCACGGUUGGAUUCUCUUUAUGUCACAGUAUCAAAUUUACUCUUAACGCCAAGGAAUCAAGAGAGUGUGCUUGGUGCUCUUUGGUCUUGUGUUGUUCAUGAAUCGAGUAUGGUGAGGAAAUGCAGUGCAGGAUUGUGGGCUGUUGUAGUGACUGGGGUGGAGGACGCAGCGCUUGGCACCCGUGUUGUUCCUGCUUUGGUUACUUUAGCAACCGACCCUGACAUCAGUGUUAAAGCCUCGGCACUCCAGCCAUUAGCUGUUGUUAUAACAACAUCGACAAAUACAGAGGUGCUGGACAAAAGUUUGGCUACAGAGUUGGAAACAUUAUGUGAUGAUCCUUAUGUAGCUGAUAACCUGGACUUCCAGUUAGCAAUUGCUCGUACUUGCACAGCAUUGGCUCACACAUCUCACCCUCGUCUUAUUCACCAGUUUCUUUUACCCCGAAUGUGUCGUCUAGCUAUUGAUGGCAGGCACGGUGAAGAGGAAUGGUUAGUGCUUGGCUUGUGUCUCUUGGAGGCCUACUCUGCUCUCACUUGCUGUCAGUUGCCUGAUCAUGUUAUAGCUCACUUUGUCGUGCCUCCUCUCAAUCAGCUUCAAAAGACAAUGGGCUCUGCAUCUUUUGAGCAUAUGGAGACUAUCACAGAUUUGAUAAAAGAAUACAGCCUGCGAACUCAGUCUUCUCAGGGUUUUGAGAGGUAAGCUUUCAUUUGUAAU